AAUUACUAUAUGUGUUUGGCUAUAUGAUAUAUGACAGAGUUUAAGAACUGAGUGCUCAAUUGUGGUAGCUGGGGGCCUGUUCACUUCAGCUCAGCUAGCAGGAUGAGGUCGGCGAUAUCUGCAUGCCCAGCUCAGCCGGUAAUUGGUUGAUUCAGGGGAGGGCUCUUAGCACGAGGCAGACGCAUUGUCAGGUGCCUGCAGAGGGAGGAAUCAGCCCCAGGGAAGAUUCCGCGGGGGCGCAUACCAGGAAACUGGUUCGCGCUGCUACUGGCGAUAGCAUCUGCAGGUCUGGCCCUCCUUUCUUCGAUCGAGAUGCGCAGAAGAGUCCUUUGAAGUGGGGAGAGAAAAUCAGGCAAUCAUUAUGCUACGCAGAAACCUAGACAAACGUAUUGUCUCAGGUCAGGCCGGAUUUAUCGCCAAGGCCAUGAUGAUGUUAUCCGGUGGUCUUCGCUUAGGCGUGUUUACGAAUCCCUUGAGCGGACGUCAUCGCAGCCCUCUUUGUCUCUAGAGAUUUGUCCAUUUGGCCGUAAUCCGGAUGGAGAAAGAUUAUUUGUGAAAGUCCAAGUCACAAGGUGAUGUAGCGCAGGCUAAUCCGCCGAGAUUUGAAGGGUUCUAACGACAAAUGAGGCUCCCCGAAGUGGGAUUGUUUGUCCAGAGCGGAAUGGCGCAGCUGGUUCCCUUACAGCUCGAUUGCCACGUAAGCCAAAAGAGAAAAAAAAAUGUUUUGUAAGUGGCAAGUGAGAAAAAAAGCAAGGAACAGAAAAAAGAAAAGAAAGCUGAAAUAAUUAGUUCCGUAAUAGCCCUGAAAGUGGCCUGAUAAGCUACUUGGGGGCGAGAGAACAUUGUUAGCAG